AUGGAGAUUGAAGAACUCCGUGAAGCCAACAAAACAGAAAGAAAACCUCAAAGAGAGGAAGACAGGAUGCCAAGGACGGUGAACAACAAAGAGCUCGGCAAACCAUUCAAGCCCACCCCAAAAUUCGACAACUACACCAGAUUCAACACAAGAAGGGAGAAGAUAAUCAAAGAAAUACUCAACGCUAAAAUCAUAAAACCACCAGCAAGGGCUGGGAGCUAUCAAGACCAAAGAUUUGUUGAUAAAAGCAAGCACUGUGCCUUCCACCAGAAGUACGGGCACACAACUGAUGAAUGCGUCAUAGCCAAAGAUCUAUUGGAAAGAUUAGCUCGGCAAGGACUCCUAAAUAAGUACAUCGAAGGAAGGAAACAUAAAGACGGCGACAGAGACAAAGAAGAGCGCCAACAAACCUCGGGAAACAAGGAAGCCAAUAAGUGGACAAACAACACCCCACCUAAAGGGGUUAUAAACUGCAUAUCCGGAGGAUUCGCCGGGGGAGGCGAAACAACUUCGGCAAGAAAACGCAGCUACCGCGCAAUGCUGGCAAUCGAAGCAACAACACCACACAACAAGAAGGACGUACCCGAUCUAGAAAUCACUUUCAACCAGGAGGAAAUACGCUCGGCCGCACCACACUCAAACGACCCAGUGGUAAUUUCCAUUCAAACAGGCGAGCUAUUGGUAAAAAAGGUCCUUCUGGACCCAGAUAGUAAUGCCGAUGUUCUUUUUUAUACUACUUUUCUAAAAAUGAAAAUAUCUGAAAGACUCAUACAAUCCUCAUUCGGAGAAUUGGUUGGAUUCUCUGGAGAAAGAGUGCCUAUCAAGGGUUACAUAUGGUUAAAAAUGAUGAUGGAGAACCACCCAUUGUCGCGCACUAUUGACAUACAAUAUCUUAUAGUUGAUUUCCCUAGUCCUUAUAAUAUUAUCCUCGGAAGACCCACCCUGAACAUGUUCAGGGCAGUAGUUUCAACUUUUCAUCUAUGUGUCAAAUUCCAGGCACAGGACGGAAAGAUAGCAACACUACAUUCAGAUUGCUAA